AUGUCUCCCGCCACCACCACAGAGCAGCUGUCUGUCCAGACGCCCCCCCGGCCUCCGACGCCUGAGCACCGCUUCGGCACCCUGGCCGUUCACGCCGGCUCCCCUCACGACCCCUCCACCGGCGCCGUCAUCGAGCCUAUCUCGUUGUCUACCACCUUUGCCCAGACGGCAGUUGGCAAACCAGUCGGCGUUUUUGAGUACUCGCGCUCCGCCAACCCCAACCGCACCAAUUUUGAGACGGCUGUCGCCGCUCUUGAGCAUGCCCGCUACGCUCUCGCCUACUCCUCCGGCUCCGCGGCCACCGCCAACAUCCUCCAGAGCCUCGCCGCCGGCUCGCACGUCAUUUCCGUCUCCGACGUCUACGGCGGCACCCACCGCUACUUCACCCAAGUCGCCAAGGCCCACGGCGUCAAGGUCACCUUUACCCCCGAGAUCGAGGUCGACAUUGCCGAGCACAUUACUGAAAAUACCCGCCUCAUCUGGAUUGAAAGCCCCAGCAACCCGACCCUGCGCCUCGUCGACAUCCGUCAGGUCGUCGACGUCGCCCACCGCCAUGGCAUCCUCGUAGUCGUCGACAACACCUUCCUAUCUCCAUACGUUCAGAACCCUCUCGACCUUGGCGCCGACAUUGUCGUGCACUCGGUCACCAAGUACAUCAACGGCCACAGCGACGUCGUCAUGGGCGUCGCCGCUUUCAACUCGGAUGACCUUUACAAGCGCCUGAGCUUCCUCCAAAAUGCCAUCGGCGCCGUCCCUUCAGCCUUUGACGCGUGGCUCGCCCACCGCGGCCUCAAGACGCUGCACUUGCGCGCCCGUGAGGCCACCCGCAACGCUACCGCCGUCGCCACCGCUCUCGAGGCCUCGCCGCACGUCGUCGCCGUCAACUAUCCCGGCCUUGACUCGCACCCGCACCGCGCCAUUGCCAAGAAGCAGCACCGCGACGGCAUGGGCGGCGGCAUGCUCUCUUUCCGCAUUAAGGGCGGUCACGACGCCGCUGAGCGCUUCUGCUCCCUCACCAAUAUCUUCACCCUGGCUGAGUCCCUUGGUGGCGUCGAGUCGCUCGUCGAGCUCCCCAGCAGCAUGACUCACUCCGGCAUCCCCAAGGAGCAGCGUGAGGCCGUCGGUGUCUUUGACGAUCUCGUCCGCAUCAGCUGCGGCGUUGAGGACGCCGAGGACCUCAAGCGUGAUGUCCUCCAGGCCCUUGAGGCUGCUGUGUCUGGCGCUAAGAAGCCUUGA